AUGACAUCCUCACGCUAUGGAGUGUCUGCCCUCCGACAGCUUUCAAGGACGCGAACUACCCCUCGCAUUUCCCCACAAAUGCGGGGUAUGACACAAGGUAGAACCACCGCGGAAUCACAUCGUCUGGGCUGGGAAAGCAGCCUCUAUCUGUGUGCUAGCAUUGCUGUUAUUACUUUGGCCGCUCACACAUUAACUAUACCUUUGCUAUUGGAUUCAAAUUCUUCAUCUGUACAUGCCACACCACAAUCUACAGUUCCAGACGCUCCUCAGAAAGAUGUAAAUCUUGUCUCUUACUCCGAAUUGCAAAAACACACAGACAGCAGCCGUCCCUGGGUACUCAUCGACGGACAGGUUUACGAUGUGUCUCAUAUCCUCGAUACCCACCCUGGCGGCCGAAGUCCAUUGAUCAAGAACGCAGGCAGAGAUGCAACCAAGUCUUUCGCACCCAUUCAUCCACCGGGUACAUUAGACAGCUUGCCCCCGGAAGCAUACAUCGGUUCAAUUGAUCCCGCAACUGUCCCAAGAAGCUCUCAUGAGCCGACUGAAGAGGAAAAGCGAAUAGAGAAGGCCAGAGCGGCACUUCCGUCGCCUAGCGCUGUGUUAAAUCUUCGAGAAAUAGAGGGACUAACCGAGACGGUAUUAAGUGCUACUGCCUGGGGGUAUUAUCGCUCAGCAGGGGACGAUGAGAAAACCUUCGACGAGAAUCGCGAAGCUUUCUCGCGUUUCUGGUUUCGUCCCAGGGUGCAAGUCAUCUGGUUGAAUAAGAUCUCGAGAGUAUCUACGGCUACAAGCAUGGCAGGCCUGUCGACCACAUUACCCAUUUUUAUCGCACCGGCUGCACUUGCUCGCUUGGGGCACCCAGACGGAGAAAUGAACCUUGUCCGCGCAGCAGGGAAGGCCGGAAUUCUCCAAGGCAUAUCGAGUAAUGCGAGCUGCUCCCUCGAGGAAAUCAUGAUGGCGAAGGCCCCUGAACAAAAACUCAUCUUUCAGCUAUACGUGAAUAAAGAUCGCGCACUGUCCGAAGCACUCGUGAAGCGCAUUACGAAGGAAGGAUUCGCUGCACUCAUCUUCACGGUCGAUGCUGCUGUGCCCGGGAAAAGGGAACUCGAUCAAAGGUCGAAGGGCGAAUUUGUGGGCCCAUCGCAUGGCAAGUCAGCUACUGGGAGCGGUGCAGGAGUCGCACACGCCAUAGGAGGAUACCAAGAUCCUGAUAUAUGCUGGGAGGACAUUUCGUGGUUACGAACCUUAACUGAUAUACCGCUGAUUAUCAAGGGGAUUCAAUGCGUAGAGGAUGUUGAGAUAGCGUUUGACAAAUACAAUGUUCAAGGGGUCAUACUAUCCAAUCAUGGCGGUCGUGAGCUGGAUUUCUCACCGGCUCCAAUGGAAGUGCUCUACGAGCUUCAACAACGUCGUCCGGAUCUGCUGAAGAAGUACGAGGUUUACAUCGAUGGGGGCGUGACGCGAGGAACAGAUGUACUCAAGGCUCUCUGCCUCGGCGCGCGUGGUGUUGGUCUGGGAAGAGCGUUCUUGUACGCGAAUAGCGUGUGGGGAGAAGAAGGGUGUUCGCGGGUUAUCCAGAUUUUACGGGAAGAGAUAGUGACUGGAAUGCAGCUUUUGGGAGUGACCAGCAUCGAGCAGCUUACGCCAGAUUUAGUGAGAUAUGUGGAUCGGUUGAAGCCGAUGGCACGUUCACGACUAAAUGGCAAUAAUGGGGAUAUCAAUUCCGUCCACUGGGGCGACCGCGUGAGCGCAGCUCUGCGGUAUUACUCUUGUCUCUGUCCACGACAAUCGCCAAACCGUUUUCUCCUCCUCGCCGUGCACACCGUCGUCGACGGCGAGGCGUAUCACCCUGCGCCGCUGUGCUCAGCGAUGAACUCGCUCACUUACCUCUCCCGCCAGUUCGACGUUCUUGCAUCCCCUCGGACAGCUCCUUCCACUCCAACCUCCGAACUCCCUCCCUCCCUCCCGCGCCGGGCAAGUUCUACAAUAGAUACUUCGGCUCGAAACCGCCCUCCAACGACAUGGUCUAUUAAGUUGUUGGUUGCACCACCCCCCCAGCCUCGCCGCGCAAUCUCUUCUUCAGCGCGUAUCCCGACCCGCCGGCAGUCCUCACGAUCGAUUCGAGCGAAACAGCCCCAACAACCGCAAGGCGUCGUUCGUCGCCUUUUUUUUGUGCGGCUGUUUGUCUUGCUAUGGCACGCCGUAUGCGAUACAGCGGCUACUCUGCAGAUACGCAUCCGCGAGUGGCACGGGCCUGGAGGCGCUGUCGGUGUUGUGGACACGCUCGCAGCCGACGAAGGCGAGAAAGAGAGCGAUGAUGAGGACAGGAGUGAAGAAGAUGCACUGGUGCUUCGACCAGUACAGUCUAAUUCGUCGUUGCGAUCUGCAUCUCCCCCGUCUCUAGCAUCCUCGUCCUCGUCCCGCAAUUCCCUUUACCCCCCAGCUCAUCGUUCCUACACGGAUCCUUCGCCCAAUCCCUCAAGCUCAUUACGGUCUCAGUCGCAAGCGCACUCUCAAACGCUUCUCCCUCAACCCCUCAUACCAUCACUUUUCCUUACCCCUUCCCUAUCCAGAACCCCUACACCCACAUUGAUACCGCCCACAGGUCUACCCGCAACGCCUCGCAAGUCGCCUUUCCACCUCCCCAAGACACUUGUCCUCGAUCUAGAUGAAACACUCAUUCAUUCCACCUCGCGUCCACUGCAUGGUACGGGUGCAGGAGGCUCUGGUCUAUUAAGCCUCGGCGGUUUUGGGUUUGGGAGGAAUAAGAGCGCGGGGCACAUGGUUGAGGUCGUCCUCGGUGGACGUAGCACGCUGUAUCAUGUAUACAAGCGUCCAUUUGUUGAUUUCUUCUUACGCAAGGUGUCAGCGUGGUACACGCUGGUAAUAUUUACCGCAUCCAUGCAAGAAUACGCAGACCCAGUAAUUGAUUGGCUAGACGCAGGAACGGGCAUUCUCGAGCGACGUCUCUUCCGUGAGUCGUGCACUCAACUUCCGAAUGGUGCAUACACCAAGGAUUUGUCCAUCGUUGAGCAAGAUCUGGCCCGCGUGUGCCUCAUCGACAAUUCGCCCAUAAGUUACACCGUCAACGAGAUGAAUGGCAUCCCCAUCGAAGGCUGGACGCACGACCCGCACGACGAAGCCCUCCUCGAUCUGCUUCCAAUGCUCGACUCUCUCCGCUUCACGAGUGACGUCCGACGCGUGCUCGGUAUCCGCGGAUACUCGUAACACCCCCUCCGAUUUCCUCGGAUCGGACCCACGUUCCUCAUUUUCUUGGGCGUUCAUCUCUAUUUCCACGAUGGGCCGUAUAUAGCUACGUAUCGCAUCGUCCUCGCAUUUCGUUCCGGCUUUUGAUCUCUAUAGCGCAAUCACCAUCUAUUCCAACACCUGCAAUUGACUCUAACUAAUAACUUACAUUCACUGUC